AUGAACGAAAUCAGGCAGUAUAAUGAUAUUUUGAAAUAUUUAGAAAUUCAACAUAGACAAGAUUUAGCCACUCAUCUGUAUUCUACUUUUCUUUUAAAAAAAUUGUUAAAAUUGGCAAACGGUACUGAUUACAAACACAAUGUUUUGAUUGAUAGAUUUAUCAAUUGCAAUAUUAAACAUGCAUGGACUUUAUGGCCCAAUGAAAACACUGAUAUAAAUCCCAAAACAAAUGAAGUGUAUUGUGACAACAGCAUCAGUCCCUAUAUAGACAAUAACCGUAUGCAAAUGCUUCUAAUUGAAUUAAGUAGCAUAUGGAGCAAACAACUAUGCGAGAAACAUAAUAGAAAUAUCGACCUGGAUUUAGAUAGUUUGGACAUUCCUUUGCCCAUUGUUAAUAAAAUAUUGAACAGGCUGGAUUGUCUAUUCAAGCGUUUAGUUAUUCAACAACUGAAAGUAUCUGUGGAUUUUGAAGAAAAUGAGCAAAAAACUGGAUAUACUUAUAAUAUAUCUUCUGAGGACCAUCCUCGUACUGACCGUGAAGAUAAAAACAGUCACCGGGUUUUUAAUCACAUGGACAUUUUGACUAAUUCCAUGUGUAAUACAAAACAGCAAAUAUCGCUAAUUGAUAAAGUGCGUACACUAUUUGAAGUAUUACCAAAUACAUUAUUCGACAAAUCACAAUUUAAAAUUGAUGACGCAAGUCUGCAACCGUUUGAAAAUAUGGGGAAACCAUUGAACGAGGAUCCUGCAUAUAUAGCUUCCAAAAAAACCGUUAAAAAAUUAAGAGUCUCCAAAAUGAAUAUAAGUGAAAGAGCUAAAUAUCAAAAUGCCAUCAAUAAGGACAAAAUAAUAAAAGACUUACUGGCCAUCAACAAAACUGCGAUACGGAAAAACUCUAAAGAGAACAAAAAUAAUAAAAAUCUAUAUAGUUUAAAUGAUUGUUUAAUUGAAAAAUGA